CUCCUCGUCGCUGCAAUAAGAUGCAACUCCGAUGCGAUGGGCGUCGCUUUCUCGGCGAUUCGCGACCGAAGAAAGUUAAGGUUAAGACUGACUGAUUGAGAUUCGCCGCGAAAUCGUUCGUCUUUCGACUCAUCUGUGCUCGUCUUCUUCUUGGAGUCAUGGAUCCUGGUGUUCUCUCGCGGCUGAUCCCGCAGAGUAAAGAGCAAGUGCGACCGGCGUGUAAAAAAUGCGGUUACGCCGGGCACUUAACCUAUCAGUGUCGCAACUUCAUCAAAAUCGAUCCCAACAAGGAGAUCGUCCUGGACGUGAGUAGCACGAGCUCGGACAGCGACGAGAAUUACGUCACUCCGUUGACGGAGUUGCGGGAACGCGAGUUGCGGAAAAAGCUACGGGUGGCGAGGAAAAAGCGCCGGCAAAAGAAAGCCAGGAAGAAGCGGAAGAGGAAACACGAGAGCUCGGACAGCAGCGACAGCGAGUCCGAGUCGUCAUCCUCGUCCUCGUCGUCCUCUUCGUCGUCGUCGUCUAGCGAGGAGGAAAAAAAACAUAAGAAAGGAAAGAAGAGGAAGAGGAAGAGCUCCAAAAGCAAGAAACGCAAGAAGCACAAGCAGCACGACGAUUCGUCUAAGAAUGAGGGAAAAGGUGACAGGGUGAACAAAUGAAUUGUUCAUGAGAAUUUUUGAUUCGUUUCCAGUUCCUUCUAUUAUUGAAUAUUGAACGAUGUGUGAUUGUGACAUUUUUUAAAUUGUGUUUCCGUUUUUUUUAUUCAUGAGAGAAAUGCUACUUUUACUAC